CGCUGGCUGUCGCCGCGGUUGCUGGGAGAGGGAGGUGGGGGCGGGGCCCGCGGUGGUCCAAGGGGCCCGAGAGAAAGGCUGCUGGGCGCGGGAGGGCGCGCUGGGCGGCUUCGAGCGACUCGGCGGCGGUUUGGCGGCGGUUUGCCUGCCGGUCCGCGCGGCGGCGUCGCGGUGCGGGAACCGGUCCCCGUUGACAGCUCCGCGCCUUCCGGCCGUGCCACUCGGGUGGCGGCUUCCUCCCUGCGCUCCCUCCGCGAGUCCGCACGGCCUCUCUUGAAGAGGAGAAGCGGGGAGGCGGCGGAGGUCGUCGGGGGCGGCGGGCGGUGAGCGCGCUCCCGCUUCCCCGGCGGCGGCCGCAGGACAAUGGAGGUGGCUGUGGAGAAGGCGGCGGCGGCGGCGGCUCCGACCGGGGGCCCCGCAGCGGCGGCACCGAGCGGGGAGAACGAGGCCGAGAGCCGGCAGGGCCCGGACUCCGAGAACGGUGGCGAGGCAGCCCGGCUCAACCUGUUGGACACUUGCGCCGUGUGCCACCAGAACAUCCAGAGCCGAGUGCCCAAGCUGCUGCCCUGCCUGCACUCGUUCUGCCAGCGCUGCCUGCCGGCUCCCCAGCGCUACCUCAUGCUGACUGCGCCCGCACUGGGCUCGGCAGAGACCCCUCCACCCGCGCCCGUCCCCGCCCCCGCCCCGGGCUCCCCGGCUGGUGGUCCUUCGCCAUUCGCUACCCAAGUUGGAGUCAUUCGAUGCCCAGUUUGCAGUCAAGAAUGUGCUGAGAGACAUAUUAUAGACAACUUUUUUGUGAAGGACACCACUGAGGUUCCCAGUAGUACAGUAGAAAAGUCUAAUCAGGUAUGUACAAGCUGUGAAGAUAAUGCAGAAGCUAAUGGGUUUUGUGUAGAGUGUGUCGAAUGGCUCUGCAAAACAUGUAUUAGAGCUCACCAGAGAGUGAAGUUCACAAAAGACCACACAGUCAGGCAGAAAGAAGAAGUAUCUCCAGAGGCAGUUGGUGUGACCAGUCAGCGACCAGUGUUCUGUCCAUUCCAUAAGAAGGAGCAGCUGAAGCUUUACUGUGAAACAUGUGACAAACUGACAUGUCGGGACUGCCAGCUGCUGGAACACAAAGAGCAUAGAUAUCAAUUUAUAGAAGAAGCUUUUCAAAAUCAAAAAGGUAUCAUAGAUACACUAAUCACCAAACUGAUGGAAAAAACAAAAUAUAUAAAGUAUACAGGAAAUCAGAUCCAAAACAGAAUAAUUGAAGUAAAUCAAAACCAAAAUACCUUUGAGAAUGCAUUAGCAGUGCAUAGUACUUACCUACUGGCUCUUCUAAGUCUUGCAAAGGACCAUAGAAUGAAACUUCUACAACAACAGCAGGAAGUGGCUGGACUUUCCAAGCAGUUAGAGCACGUCAUGCAUUUUUCUAAAUGGGCCGUUUCCAGUGGCAGCAGCACAGCACUACUUUACAGCAAGAGGCUGAUUACAUAUCGGUUACGGCACCUUCUUCGUGCAAGGUGUGAUGCUUCUCCUGUGACCAACAACACCAUCCAGUUUCAAUGUGAUCCUAGUUUCUGGGCCCAAAACAUUAUUAACCUGGGUUCUUUAGUAAUCGAGGAUAAAGAGAGCCAGCCACAAAUACCUAAGCAGAAUCCUGUCGUGGAACAGAGUUCACAGCCACCAGGUGGUUUACCUUCCAACCAGUUAUCCAAGUUCCCAACACAGAUCAGCCUAGCUCAGUUACGACUCCAGCAUAUGCAGCAACAGCAUCCGCCACCACGUUUAAUAAACUUUCAGAAUCACAGCCCUAAACCCAAUGGACCAGUUCUUCCUCCUUAUCCUCAACAGCUGAGAUACCCACCAAACCAGAAUAUACCACGACAGACAAUAAAACCCAACCCCUUGCAGAUGGCUUUUUUGGCUCAACAGGCCAUAAAACAGUGGCAGAUUAGCAGUGGACAAGCUCCUCCCACAACUGCCAGCUCCUCCUCUACUCCUUCCAGUCCCACGAUCACAAGUGCAGCAGGGUACGAUGGAAAAGCUUAUAGUUCACCCAUGAUUGAUCUGAGCGCACCAGUGGGAGGGACGUAUAAUCUGCCAUCUCUUCCAGAUAUUGAUUGUUCAAGUACUAUCAUGUUGGACAAUAUUGCAAGGAAAGAUACAAGUGUAGAUCAUGCCCAGCCAAGACCUCCGUCAAACAGAACGGUGCAGUCACCAAAUUCAUCAGUGCCAUCUCCAGGCCUUGCAGGACCUGUUACUAUGACUAGUGUCCAUCCCCCAAUACGUUCACCUAGUGCCUCCAGCGUUGGGAGCCGAGGAAGCUCUGGCUCUUCCAGCAAACCAGCAGGAGCUGAUUCCACACACAAAGUCCCAGUAGUCAUGUUGGAACCAAUCCGAAUAAAACAAGAAAACAGCGGACCACCUGAAAAUUAUGAUUUUCCUGUUGUUAUAGUAAAACAAGAAUCAGAUGAAGAAUCUAGAACUCAAAAUACUAACUAUCCAAGAAGCAUACUUACUUCUCUCCUCUUAAACAAUAAUCAGAGCUCUGCUUCUGAGGAAGCUGUGUUAAGAUCUGAUGCUCCUGAUAGCACAGGAGAUCAACCCGGACUUAAUCAGGAAAGUUCCUCAAAUGGAAAGCCUGAGUGGCUGGAUGCCUCCCAGAAGUCCCCUGUGCAUGUCGGAGAGACAAGGAAGGAAGAUGACCCCAAUGAAGACUGGUGUGCAGUUUGUCAAAAUGGAGGGGAACUCCUUUGCUGUGAAAAGUGUCCUAAAGUAUUCCAUCUUACUUGUCACGUGCCCACAUUGACAAAUUUCCCAAGUGGAGAGUGGAUUUGUACUUUCUGCCGAGAUUUAUCUAAGCCAGAAGUUGAAUAUGAUUGUGAUGCUCCCAGUCACAACUCAGAUAAAAGGAAAACUGAAGGCCUUACUAAAUUAACAGCAAUAGAUAAAAGGAAAUGUGAACGCCUGCUUCUCUUUCUUUACUGCCAUGAAAUGAGCCUGGCUUUCCAAGACCCUGUUCCUCUAACUGUGCCUGAUUAUUAUAAAAUAAUUAAAAACCCAAUGGACUUGUCAACCAUCAAGAAAAGACUUCAGGAAGAUUAUUGCAUGUAUACAAAGCCCGAAGAUUUUGUAGCUGAUUUUAGAUUGAUCUUUCAGAACUGUGCUGAAUUCAAUGAGCCUGAUUCAGAAGUAGCCAAUGCUGGUAUAAAACUUGAAAGCUAUUUUGAAGAACUUUUAAAGAAUCUGUAUCCAGAAAAAAGGUUUCCAAAACUAGAAUUCAGGAAUGAAGCAGAAGACAGCAAGUUCAGUGAUGACUCAGAUGAUGAUUUUGUACAGCCCCGGAAGAAGCGCCUCAAGAGCACAGAGGACCGCCAGCUGCUAAAGUGAGCAGCUCCAGGGCCAUACACUUUCUAAGAAAAUUUCCUUUACAAGAAUAAAAACUAAAACCUUGUCAACAUCGUGACAAAGAAGGUUUAUGAGCUCUGAUCUGUCUUUGCUGUUUACUAGACAUUGAUUUCUAUAAUAACCCAUUAUUUUGACCUCUUGUCAUUGAUAAUUUAAAAAAAGAGGGAGGAAGGAAAUGUGUGGAAGAAUAAAAGGAAGAAGAAACAGCAAAGAAAGAAAAGACUUUCUUCCCACUUCUUGAAAACAACAUUCGGGAAUAAAAGCUACAAUAGAAAAUAGAUUUUGAAGUAAGUUGAGAUUUUAGUGUGAUUUGAGUGUGUGUGAUCAUCCAUUUUAGAGUAUUAAUGCCACUACCCAAUAAUUUUGGCCAACACUAAGAGUAAGGUAUACUGUGCUUUAAAGCAACCCUCCCCAAAGACAAGUGGGAAGAAGAGUCCUUUCCCGGGUGCUUGCUGGGAAGGUGUAGACAGAUGCUAUUAAGACACCUAGUGGUGUCCAUGUAAGAUGGCAAAUGCAUUAAAGAAAAUCAGGAAAAAAAUUGUUUGCUUAUUGUUUUUGUUUUUAUCUUGUUUGUUGGAGAUGUUGGGCAUAGCAGGUCUUCAAGGCCAUUCUUUCAUGUAUUUUCCAGAUCUACCUUUUUGUUCAGCUUCCUUUAAGGAAGGAAGUGUGCAUGUUAGGUGUUGCUGUUUGAAUCUUGUUUUCCCCCACUGUGUAAGUAUGCAAGUGUGCUCGUAAAGCAGGCCUCUUUGUUGUCAGUGUGCUUUUACUCUGGUUUGUUUGUUUUAUCAAGACAGGGUCUCACUUAUGUAGCCCUAACUGUCCUAGAACUAAAACUCACUGUGUAGACCAAGCUGGCCUUGAACUCAGAGAUCCACCUGCCUCUACCUCCUGAGCGCUGGGAUUAAAGGUGUGCACCACUAUGCCUGACUUGCAGUGUGGCUUUUAGUAGUACCAUCAAAUAUAAAAUACAAUAGGAUACACCAACAUUUGAAAGAUUUCUUCAACUUCUGCCCUGGUGGCCACCCACUUGAAAAGGCUUUCAUUUGUCUUUAUCAUUUUAAGUGGAAAGUAUGUUGUUGAGUUUGGAAAAGAUCAGUUGUAGGGGGUGGUAUGAGUGGAAAAAUAAAUUACUUUU